GAUCCGGAUGCUCGAGGCAGAAGGAUGUUUGACCUCCGGAUAAGUGAGGCGCCGCUGUGCAUUCAUUCCUGGCUGCAUUGGUGGCGACAGCAGUGGCUCGGGCGGCGACUCCCCGACCAGCGGCGGCGGUAGGAGGCACCGGCAGUAGUGCGGGAACCGAGUCUGAGCAGAGCUGCGUUACCUCCCUCGCUCGUUCCUUCCCCCCUACCUCGCUCGCUCGCUCCCUGCGUGGCUCGCUUUCCUCCUCCGGCCGCCGGCGGGUGUGAUGUGCCGCCGCCGCCGCUGACUGACAGACCGGAGGGCGCCACCCGCGCCCGCGCCCUGGAUCGACCCCGCUGCUCGCGGCCGCGCCUUUAAGCUAUCAAUAUCAGCUCAAUAUCACUGAAAAGAAUUUUGAAGACAUGUUUUGCUGAAAAGACAACUGAGAAAAAUUUUACGAAUGGGAUGAACACGCUCCAGUUAAUUGACUACCUACUGCAAUUUGAAUGUUAACAUUGCCCACCUGGUGCAGUUACCUAGUGAUGUACCUCUUCUCACAAUACCCUAUUUCAGUGUGCUUGUCUUGAUUAAAGAAUUCAAAGUGGAGUACCGCAAACUUGAUAUGGAUAAUAAAAAGAAAGACAAGGACAAAUCAGAUGAUAGAAUGGCACGACCUACUGGUCGAUCAGGGCACAAUACUCGAGGAACUGGGUCUUCAUCAUCUGGAGUUUUAAUGGUUGGACCUAACUUUAGAGUUGGAAAAAAAAUUGGAUGUGGCAAUUUUGGAGAAUUACGAUUAGGGAAAAAUUUAUACACAAAUGAAUAUGUGGCAAUUAAAUUGGAGCCCAUGAAGUCCAGAGCACCACAGUUACAUUUGGAAUACAGAUUCUACAAGCAGUUAGGAUCUGGCGAUGGUAUACCUCAAGUUUACUAUUUUGGCCCUUGUGGUAAAUACAAUGCUAUGGUGCUGGAACUGCUGGGACCUAGUUUGGAAGACUUGUUUGACUUGUGUGACAGAACAUUUUCUCUUAAAACGGUUCUCAUGAUAGCUAUACAAUUGAUUUCUCGCAUGGAAUAUGUUCAUUCAAAGAACUUGAUAUACAGAGAUGUAAAACCGGAAAACUUCUUAAUAGGACGGCCAGGAAACAAAACCCAGCAAGUUAUUCAUAUUAUAGAUUUUGGUUUGGCAAAGGAAUAUAUUGAUCCAGAGACAAAGAAACACAUACCAUACAGAGAACACAAGAGCCUUACAGGAACAGCUAGAUAUAUGAGCAUAAACACACAUUUAGGAAAAGAACAAAGUAGAAGAGAUGAUUUAGAAGCAUUAGGUCAUAUGUUCAUGUAUUUUCUGAGAGGCAGUCUUCCUUGGCAAGGCUUAAAGGCUGACACAUUAAAAGAGAGAUAUCAGAAAAUUGGAGAUACAAAAAGAGCUACACCUAUAGAAGUGUUAUGUGAAAAUUUUCCAGAAGAAAUGGCAACAUACCUUCGUUAUGUUAGAAGGCUAGAUUUUUUUGAAAAACCAGACUAUGACUACCUAAGAAAGCUUUUUACUGACUUAUUUGAUCGAAAAGGAUAUAUGUUUGACUAUGAAUAUGAUUGGAUUGGUAAACAGUUGCCUACUCCAGUGGGUGCAGUUCAGCAAGAUCCUGCUCUCUCAUCAAGCAGAGAAGCACAUCAACACAGAGAUAAGAUGCAACAAUCCAAAAAUCAGUCGGCAGACCACAGGGCAGCUUGGGACUCCCAGCAGGCAAAUCCCCACCAUUUGAGAGCUCACCUUGCAGCAGACAGACAUGGUGGCUCGGUACAGGUUGUAAGUUCUACAAAUGGAGAGUUAAACACAGAUGACCCUACUGCAGGACGUUCAAAUGCACCCAUCACAGCCCCUACAGAAGUAGAAGUGAUGGAUGAAACCAACUGCCAGAAAGUGUUGAACAUGUGGUGCUGCUGUUUUUUCAAACGAAGGAAAAGGAAAACUAUACAGCGCCACAAAUGACUCUUGACACAGAUCAUGGGGAGUUACGUGUUCAUCUGCUGUCUUGUGAUUAAAAUCAUCUCUAUAGUGACCACAUGUAUUUUCAAAGACUCACUCUUAGAAACAAAAAUGUCAUACUUUCAUACUUCAUUUCGUGGUUGUCUUACAUUCAUAUUUUUUUCUAAUUUAACUUUUAUGGAAGCUUUACAGUUUUGUCAAAACAUGAAUGCUUUGCCCGUCAAUGAAUGGAAUGGACCAAUGAGGUGGUGGUAUUGAUGAAUAUAGUUCUGUGGAACAUUUUUCAGAAGCUCUUCUCCUGUUGUAGAAAGCAGUACAGUAUCUUAACUGUCAACCAGUUAUGUACCUAAUCUGGUUUUUUAUAUGUUCUGUAAGAGCAUAAUCAAGCAGGAAUUUUCUUCCCAGUGGAUAAUGCAACAGAGAAAACAAGAGUUACCCGAAUAUUUAAAAGAAGUUAUUCCUUGAGAAGUUCAUAUUUUGUGACAUCUACAUUGAUUUCAGUAUUACGGAUGGUACUGUAAUUCAUGAGUGAUAUUAACAUUCUCUCUGUGAAAUCAUGGUACAGUCACUGCCCAGAGGUACUGAGGAAAAAGCUCUAUGGGUUCAGUAGAUUGGUAGUGGUAAAAUGAAUCAUAAGUAGUGUGGUAUGAGCUCUGCUUUUGUUGCACCACUAUGUGAAGUAUCAUGUUGCAAAAGUGGCAAAAGCGCUUGUUUUAAAAAAUGCAAAAUAUUUGUAUAAUGUAACUUUAUGCUUCCAGAUAAUAAUGUAUGUUAGACAGCAAGAAAUGAGUACUUUGAGAAGUGAUAUAUGUUGGAGUUUUUAAGAAACACACUAAAGAGAAGAAAUAAAUGUGAACUUCAUUGUAAUGUAUAAGGUUGAAGCGUAAAGAGAUCCCACUGAAACCUACUGCUGAAUGAUUACAUUCUUCCUUAAGCAGAAAACUUUGGAUGUGCCAUGCAGUGGUGUCUGUUUAUUACUUAUUUUGCUCUUUGAUAAAAAAGACCCCUGGCAAUAAAAACUGGGUCACACUAUUGCCCUCUGUGCACAUUAGUCUCUUGUAUUCAACUUUGCUGGUUCUUUGGAAUUUUCCUACUCUUUAGCAUAAUUUUGAUGAUUGAAAAAUAUUUUGGAGAGGAUGGGUCAGGUGCUUUGCCUCCAUAGUCUUUUGAAGUGCCUGCAUAUGAACAAAGUAACAGUUCUGUAAAAAAGGAAGCCCAUUCCACUUUUCAAGUAUGCUUUGUUUUAAGCCAUAAAGACACUGCUGUAAUUUGUCACAUUCUCCUAGCAGACUUUUCAAAAAGGGGUUAAAAAAAAGACUGACUAGAAAGAUAAUUAUGUGGAUCAAAUCUCAUAUUCACCUUUCAUUUAUGAAAUUGUUACUCCUUCCAC